AGACUAGAGGAACGCAGCUGCUGUCGUGGUCAGUGCAGGAACACAGCUCAGGCGGAAAUGGAGAGGUUUAGUCGCGGAAACUGACAUUGUUGUGGAUCAGUCAGAGAGAGAAGUACAUGUGGAGGGGCUUGUCCAGAGAAGAGCAGGAUUAAAAGGAGACUAGGGUCGGAUGGGUCCCAUCAUGCCCCCUGGUAAGAAAGCGGAGGGCCCCGGUGGCGGCAGCAUGGCACGGGGUUUGGGCACACUGUGCCAGGAGGCAGCGGAGGCUGCAGACCUCUCUCUGGCGCUGUCAGCCUCUCUGAGUCGAGCCGAGGACGAAGAACUGACCAGUCUCAGCUGGCUCCACGAGAGUACCGACCUUCUGACCAGUUUGGGUCACCCGGGUCUACGCAGCGUCAGUCCGGUCCAGGACGGUUCCGGUACAGCCGACCCGGCAUCGCCUUCCUCCUCCUCGUCUUCGCCGGAGCCCGAAACCCCCUACCGCCUCUCCAUGGGAGCCAGCCGGAAACCGCCCUAUUCUUUCAGCUGCCUCAUCUUCAUGGCGAUUGAGGAUGCUCCGGCCAAAAGGUUGCCGGUCAAAGACAUCUACGGCUGGAUCCUGGAACACUUCCCUUACUUCGCUAGCGCCCCCACUGGCUGGAAGAACUCUGUGCGACACAAUCUAUCACUCAACAAGUGCUUCAAGAAGGUGGACAAGGAUCGCAGCCAGGCCAUAGGUAAAGGCUCUCUUUGGUCCAUAGACCCUGAGUACAGGCAUAACCUGAUUCAGGCCUUGAAGAAGACUCCAUAUCACCCCUACUCCCCACGGCUCGCCACGCCCCCCACGUCGGCCGCAACCCCUCCUCAGGCAUAUCACAGUCCUCAUCUGUGGCCGGGAAGUCCACUUUACAGAAAAAAUGGAGGAGUUCUUUUACAAGUUCCUCAGAGAGUUAUCCAGCAUGGCUCUCGUGUGUCCACCCAGAACUUGUUUCCAGUCAUCAGAACGCUUCCCUUCAGCCCGUCACGGAACAGAACCACCACAAUUCGGUCUACUCUUGGUGAUUAUCUGACCCAGUCCGGCAGUGGUGUGAAACAUGACUCACCCCCAUCCAGUGAUGAUCUUCAGGAGGACCACACUUACAGCAGUGCCCAGUCUCCCGGCGGCACACAGCAGGUCACUGCGACCUCCUCCUCCUCCUCCUCCUCUUCCUGCUCCUCUCAGGGAUCUGACCCGAGCUGUGCCGACGGAGAAAUCAUCGAGGUCCAGGUCACGGAGAUCAAACAGGAGCCCGGGGACUUUCCGCUGGAUGCUACCACAACACCUUUCCAGCAGUCUCAGCGCAACGGCAGCAGAAAACCCCCCUGGAUGAAGGGCCGCCAACGGACGCCUGGCGAUACGCUGCCCCUGAAGAAGAGGCGGGCGGAGAAGCCUCCAGAGAGCGAUGAUGACGAUGAUAAAGAGAUGAAGGAGGCCGCGGGGUCUCUGCUCCACCUUGCCGGUGUGCGCGCCUGUCUAAACAAAAUGAGCCACCGCACCUCCAAGGGUCAGAAAGAACAGAGAGAAGCUGUGAGAGAUUAG